CCAAAUUAGUUUGUAACUCGCCUCUGUUCCUUUAGCAUCUCACGAGUAACUUUAAAGUAUUUAGAAGAAAAAACGUGCCACAGAAAAGAAAAACAAGAUGCAAACAAGAUUUAAAGUGUUUGCUGUUUUGGCAGCUUUUGCAGCUAUAAUUGCGAUUGCAGGUGCAGAAAAAAUGCAUCCUAGAUUGUCACCAAGGAAGGGCACAGUCGAAAUUAAAUAUCCUGAAGAAUUAAACACAAAAUAUUGGGUCGAUAAGGCCCAAUCGAUUUUAGCUGACAAACUGAAAAAUUCUGCUCUCAACAAAAAUCGUGCCAAAAAUAUUAUCAUGUUUCUUGGGGAUGGUAUGUCCGUACACACUGUCACCGCAACGAGGGCUUUUAUGGGCGAUAGCUCUAAGCAGAUAUCCUUCGAAAAAUUCCCCUACCUGGGAUUGUCAAAGACUUAUUGUGUGGACAAACAAGUUGCUGACUCAGCUUGCAGCGCAACGGCUUAUUUAUCUGGUGUAAAGGGCAACUACGGUACAAUUGGGGUAAAUGCUCAAGUUAAACGCAGGGAUUGCAAUAAGGCUCAAGAUCCCUCCACACAUACCGAGAGUAUAGCAAAAUGGGCCCAAGAUGCUGGAAAAUCAACUGGGUUGGUUACAACAGCUCGUGUAACACAUGCCUCUCCCGCUGGAGUCUAUGCCCAUAUCGCCGAUCGUAGCUGGGAGAGUGACACCGACAUCAUCAAGGACAAAUGCAGUGCCGUCGAUAAUUUGGACAUAGCCCGACAACUAGUUCACACCCCGGUGGGAAGGAAUCUUAAAGUGAUUAUGGGUGGAGGACGAAGAGAGUUUAGAGGCAAACACAAGAACGACGAAGAAGGUUUGAAAGGCCGCCGUACUGACGGUCGGGAUUUGAUUGAAGAAUGGAUUACCGAUAAGAAAAUACAAGAUGCUGAGGCUUCAUAUGUAUGGAGUCGCAAGGGUUUGAAUGAGCUCGAUUUGAGUAAAACGGAAUAUCUUUUGGGCUUGUUUAGCUCAAAUCAUUGUCCUUACCAUGGGGAUUUGGCAAGAAAAGGGCUAGAAAAGUCAGAUCCCUCGCUAAGUGAAAUGACAGAAGCUGCUAUCAAAGUUCUAAAGAAGAACAAAAAAGGGUACUUUUUGUUUGUUGAGGGAGCUAGAAUCGAUAUGGCUCAUCAUGAGAAUUGGGCUCGAAAGGCACUCGAGGAUACGAAAGAAUUUGCUAAUGCUGUCGAACUGGCAAGGAAUAUCACUUCUGAAAAAGAUACUUUAAUUGUUGUUACCUCGGAUCACUCGCAUACUAUGACCAUCAAUGGAUAUCCAUUCCGAUCACAAGACAUUCUUGGAGUUUCCGACAAAAAUGCUGACGACAAUCUUCCUUACACAGUUUUGUCAUACGCCAAUGGUCCUGGAUUCUACAACACAUACUCCAAAGAGGAAGGUCGUCGGGAUGUGUCGUUGGACGAUUUCAAUGAUCCAACUUACGCGUACUUGGCAACUGCUCCUCUUGAUUCCGAGACUCAUGGUGGUGAUGAUGUGGCAAUAUUUACAUCAGGUCCUUACGCACACACAUUCACUGGCAACUAUGAACAAACAAACAUUCCAGCAUUGAUGGCAUAUGCUGCCGACAUUGGACCAUUUCAAGACAACCAACUGACAAUGUCAAAGACCAACAUUGGCCACGAGUGACUACAAAAUUUAUUACUCCUGAUGUUGAAAUAAAAAUCGAUAAGCUUUAAGUUCUAUAUGAUACCUACAUAAAUUAUAUUAAAGUCUAGUCGGGGGUAAUUCCCGCUUGCCUAGCUUAUAACAUGACGAUAUUAUUAAAACUGACUGAUUUCUAUCGGUGCACGGUGCGAUAUUAAAUCAGAUAAAUAAUAAUUAUAUGGCUCUGAGUUAAUUAGGGCAAUUUUUAUUUACCAUGUGUAUUUUUAUACGAAAACAAACGUGAUUUUUGCAAAUAUAAUUGAAGAAAAUAUUUAUUAAAUUUCUACAACGAAAAUAUACAAUCGGCAUUUUGGUUAUCAA